UCACGCCACUGGCCAGUGUGUUGUUUGCUCGGGUAUUUGUGUGAGGUUCGUGAAAUUCCUCCAAGCCAAAGGUCCAUUCCGAAGCUUGCGAGAUGUCUUUGCCACUCAGGUUGAACCGAGUAAUUGUACCCCUGGGUGUUGCAGUAGUCUUGAUACAGAGCAGCAUAUACGAUGUUCCGGGAGGUUUCCGAGCAGUCAUGUUCGACCGGUUUGCCGGUGUAAAGGAUCAGGCGACUGGCGAGGGAACGCAUUUCCUCGUUCCAUGGCUGCAGAAAGCUAUCCUCUUCGACUGUCGCAUUAAGCCGAGGAAUAUCUCGUCGACUACUGGCUCAAAAGAUCUGCAAAUGGUGUCCAUAACUUUGCGUGUGCUGUCGCGGCCAGACGUCGGCCAUCUCUCCCGCAUUUACCAAAAUUUGGGCUUGGACUACGAUGAACGCGUACUACCUUCGAUUGCAAAUGAGGUCUUGAAGGCCAUCGUCGCCCAGUUCGACGCUGCUGAGCUGAUUACCCAACGAGAGGUGGUAUCUGCGAGAAUACGGUCGGACUUGUUGCAACGUGCUGACGAAUUCCACAUCAAACUGGAAGAUGUUUCCAUUACACAUUUAACAUUUGGCAAAGAAUUCACGCAGGCUGUCGAGGCGAAGCAAAUAGCACAGCAAGAUGCGGAAAGGGCCAAGUUUAUUGUCGAAAAGGCCGAGCAAGAGCGACAAGCGGCGGUAAUUCGCGCCGAGGGUGAGGCAGAGGCUGCGGCUACAGUUUCAAAAGCGUUGGAGAAGGCAGGCGAUGCAUUCCUCGCGCUGAGGAAAAUUGAGGCUAGCAAAGCGAUCGUGCAGUCGCUGGCCAACAACAGCAACGUAUCGUACAUUCCAAGUAGCGGUGGCAACGUAUUGUUGAACGUACCUACGAAGCAGUGAGGUAGAGUAAUCAUCAAUGUGUAGUCAUUUCCAAACACAUGAUCCGGGGAUAUCCGGUG